AUGAUAGCAUUACUCGACAUUUAAUUAAAGAGCGCCUUAAUUAUGCUCUUGCAUUCUUUUGAAGUCCAAGAGGUUGAUAAAAAGUACUUUCGAUACUUCGAAAUAAUUGCAACUAGAGCAAUCACCCUAUUUAUCAUCAUAAUCAAUUUCGAUUUAAUAUCAAUUAUUUCGGUAUCCUUCUAAUUUUUAUUGGAACUAAAUAGAUUGUCUCAAAUCAAACAUACGCAAUAAUUUGAUUCAAAUUAAUAAACUCCAUUAGCUUAAAGUUUAAUUUCCUAGUAAGAGUAAGACAAUUUGUGGAAAAAUAGAAUUUAAAUGAUUCCUGUAUCAUUUGUGAUGAUCAAUUCAAAGACACAAAAAAUCAAUUUCAAAAAUAAAACUGCACAUUAGUUCUUUUCGAUGUUUUGUGAGAGUGACUAGGAAUUUGAGGAACUCCUCCUCCAUAAGCUACAAUUUAAUUUAGUCCAAGACAAUAUAGAUUAAAUUUGCCAAUCCUUUUCGUAUUUAAAAAUUCGUUAAAGACUCAGAAGCAAAUAAAAUCGUUUCUUUUAAUAGGAUCAAAGCUGUCUUACUCCAGCUCCACUCUCAGGAUCCUCAGGACAAUGUAUAUCUUCAAGAUAAGCUGACUCCUUGGAACAUAACACACUCAAAUUUACACUAGCUGAGAUUAUAGCAAAUCUUUCUGAAGGUCUCUUUUCAGAAUACAUAGUAAAUAAUUCAUUAGAAUUGCUUUGCCAUCAAAAUUAUUAAGGGCUUGUAGAAAAUGCUAAUACAAAUCAUACUCAAUAGAAGAAAUUCCAAUUGUCUGGAUCCAUAUUGACUAAUCAAUAGAACGAAGAAAUCAUCCUUCUUCUUAAUGAUAUUUCAAAACAAAAUGAACUUCAAUAGUUAAUCUCAGAAGACGAAUUCAAAUCAAAAGUAAUUAUAUUCAUGAUCAAUUAUUAGAUUUUGGAAUCAUUCUCGCAUGAAUUGAGAACUCCUUUAAACGGAGCCAUCAAUUUUUUAUCUGCUUUUCUGUAAGAUACUGAAUUUUCGGAGCAAAUUAAAAACAAAUAUAUUGUUCCAGCAAUAAACUCUCUCAAGAUCCAAUCAUACUUAAUAAGCGACAUCGUUGAUUUCACAUCUUCAAGUACAAACAAUUUAGAACUAUUGAUUAAGGAAUUUUCAAUGAGAGAAUUAAUAAAUGAAGUUAAUUCACUCUUUAUUAUGUAAUUUACUGAGAAGAAUCUUGAUUUUAGAGUAGAUCUAAUAGAUUGUUGCACAACUACUAUGAUAACUGACUAUAGUAAACUAAUGCAAAUAUUGGUGAAUUUACUACAAAACUCCAUCAAAUUCUCAACUGAAGGAUUGAUUGUCUUGAAAAUCUAAUCUCAUACCAAAGACAUCCUGAAGUUUACAGUCACUGAUAUGGGAUAAGGGGUUUCAUCUCUGAACAUAACAUAGAUAUAAUCAUAUUUAAACAAUCUUAAGAAUCAAAAGGAGAUCCAAUUAAAUAAAACUUGGUAAGGAUUUGGGUUAUUGAUUUCAGCGAUAUUAGUAUCUAAAUUGGGACCCUCUGAUAGGAGUACAAUUAAGUUUGAAUCCGAUGGAGUUAACAUGGGUUCAAAGGUAUCUUUUUUUAUUAGGAAUUUAUUACCAAAGUAUAACAGUGUCAAAUAGCCUACAAUAAGAUAAAAUACCUAAAGAUUUCAAAGUUCUGUUCAUUUAACUUCCUCACUUAAUAAUUUAAAUGGUACAAUUAUUUAGACAACGGAUUAAGGUUUGAAAAGUAUUCCAAAAAAAUAAAAAACUAAACUUUGUUCAUAGAAAUCAAAUGACAAUUCCAUGUUUAGUGAAAGUGUUGUUUAUGACUCAUUAGAUUAAAAAUUUGGUUUGUUAAGUCCUGUCUAGCCUUCUUUGAUUACUGAUAUCGUUUGUAGUUCCCCUCAAAAAGUCAAUAUUGAAAAAAGACAUUUCAGCAGGAAUGAAAAUUCAUCAUAAAGAUCUAACAAUUCCAAAAUACUUAGCAUUCAAUUUAUCAAAUAGGCAGAGGAAUAGGAGGAUGAAGAACUGCUGCAAACGUAUAAGAGAAGAAAGAAAUGCCAAUGUUAACGAAUUAUGUCUGUUGAUGAUGAAAUAUUCAAUCAAAAAUCAAUUUAGAUGCUCUUGUGUAAAUUGGGAUUCGAAGUUAUUUUGGUAAACAUUUUUAUGUGUUAUCUUAGGCAUUUAAUGGACAAUAAGCAUGUGUAGAUAUUUUGAACAUAAAGAAAUGUAGUAAGAAGUGUUCAUUAUUAACUCUCAUCUUGAUGGAUUAUUAGAUGCCUAUUCUAAAUGGGUGUCAAGCAACAGAGAAAUUAAUUAAAAUGAUGAAUGACAACAUUCUUCCCAGAAUUCAUAUUGUUGGUUUAACUGCUUUUACUAACUCAAAUGAUAUUGAAAAUUGCUUAAAAGCAGGAAUGAGUGAUGUGCUACAUAAACCACUUAAUCUAAAGGAAUUUAAAGAAAUUCUCACUUUAAUUUGA